CGCGUGGGGAGUCACUCAGAUGAAAGCGGAGCAAGGAUCUUGGAGGGAGGAAGGGAGGCAGCCACAGGCAGAUGAAAGCAGGAGAGAUCAAGUUGGAGACAAAAGGUAUGAGAUAGAUGUAGCAGAGGAAGCCAGACGAGAGAAAUAACAGUGACAGAGAGCAAUAGCACAGAAAGACUAAGCUGAGCCGUGCCGUGCCGGGCUGCCUAAUACCACCGCCGUGAUUUCCCCCUAACAGCCUCCGCCACGGAGCCCAGAGAGCGCACGAGUGGGCUGUGCAGGAGCCUGUUGCCUGGAUACCUCUGCUGUCGCCACGGCGGCAAAACGCCAGGAUUGAACGGUGUGUGUGUUUUCUGGCUGGUGUUGCUGCCAUGGGAAAAACACAGCUGGCUGACUGUCUGCAUGGCUCCAUCGCUGGCUGGCUGACUCACUGACAACGCACGUAUGAAUAAGGAAGGAAUCUCCCUAAUACGGGGGCUUUGAGCAGAGGAGGGGGGAGGCUGGCGGUGGGACUGGCACUCGGCUUUGGAUGAUGAAGAAAGCUGUUUGGUAGAGAGGGACAGGAAGCAGAGAUUACCUUGGCGACCGAGUGAAAGAGAGGAAGCUAGGGGAGGCGAGACCCUGAGACGGGGGGAGGGGAGAGGAGUGGGGCCAUGCAGAUCCAGUCCUCUGGAUCACAGUCCAAAGCUUCCAGCUUCAUCCUCAGUCAGAGAUGUGUGCUGGCCUCCAAAAUGGAAACCCACCGUGAACAGAGUAUCUGCCAGGCGCGAGCCGCUGUCAUGGUGUACGACGACCCCAAUAAGAAGUGGGUUCCAGCUGGAGGGUCCACGGGCUUCAGCAGGGUCCACAUCUACCACCAUACUGGCAACAACGCCUUCCGCGUAGUGGGACGCAAGAUCCAGGAUCACCAGGUGGUGAUAAACUGUGCCAUUCCCAAGGGGCUGAAGUACAACCAGGCCACGCAGACCUUCCACCAGUGGCGGGAUGCCCGGCAGGUCUACGGCCUGAACUUUGGCAGCAAGGAGGACGCCAACGUGUUUGCCAGUGCCAUGAUGCACGCCCUGGAGGUGCUCAACUCCCAGGACUCAGGCCCCACGUUGUCCAGACAGGGCCCCCAGGUUCAGAAUGGUCCCAUGCCAGAAGAGAUGGAGCUGCAGAGAAGGCAGCUUCAGGAGAUGCAGAGGCAGAAGGAGAUGGAGCGUGAGCAUCAGGAGCGAGAGCGUCAGGAGAAGGAACGCCUGGAGCGAGAGAUGCUGGAGCGCGAGCGUCAGGAGCGUGAACGCCAGGAACAGGAACGCCAGGAGCAGGAACGUCGGGAGCGUGAGGCGCAGGCUGAGCAGGAGCAGCGGCUGGAGCGGCUGGAGCAGCAGGAGCGCAAUGAACGGGAGCUGCUGGAGAAGACUGAGAGGGAGCAGCAAGAGCAGUUGGACAGAGAGCAGCAGGACUGGGAAAGAGGCAGACGCAUCUCCAACGCCGCCUUCGAAAGCACCCUGUACACUCCCACGCCUCAGGAGUACAGAAGGACAUCCUCCACACCUGGAUCCCCAUCCACGCCCACCAGCCCAGCCCCUGGGACGCCCACACCCUCCUCUGUCACACCGCCAACCCCGCCUCUAAGGCAUUCGGCCUCAAGAUUUGCCACCUCUCUUGGUUCUGCCUUCCAUCCAGUCCUGCCUCACUACGCCACUGUCCCGAGGCGACAGCAAGCCAUCCCCCAGCCCGCUACUGCUCUGGCCCCCGUCCCACCUCCUCCACCCAAGUCUGUGGUGUGGUCAGCGAGCAACUUCACUCCCCUACCCCCCUCACCCCCUGUCAUGAUAAGCAGUCCCCCAGGGAAGGCUGCGGGUCCACGGCCGCUCAUCCCCAUUGCAGCACCUUCUCCUCUCACCCAGAAGCCCCCCUCACCGGCCCCCAGGCCGCCCAUGUUCCCUGCACCUUCUCCCGUGACCAUCCCACACAGCCACACCCCUAUUGGCAACGCUUGCCCCACCCCGCCUCCCCCACCACCCUCCCCCUCUCCCUCCCCCAAAGCUCCCCCUCCGUCUUCCUCCUUCGUCUCGUUCCCCUCCUCAUCCCAGGCUCCUGGUGUGCCCUCUCCCUCCACAGCGCCCCCUGCUGCCGCUGCCGCUGCCUCUGCCUCUGCUGAGCACCUCUCCCUCCACGUGGGCCUGUCGGGGCCGGGGGAGACGGACAAAGCUACAGGCCCAGAGGGAGGCUCCUCUUGUCAACCCCCGCCCCAGGACAUGGUGCAGACCCCAGGGUUGACCACCCCCACCCCUACCCCUCCCCCACCUACCCUGCCACCCAGCUCCACUGUGACCUCCAUCCCUUCCACUCUUGCCGGCCACCCCCCUCCCCCGCCUCCUCCACUCCCUCCUACACUGACUCCAGGCGGGACCCCCCUUCCUCCCCAAGUCCUCCACUCCUCUCCUGGAGCCCCCCUUCCUCCCCCGGCACCUCCCCUUCCCGCCGGACUCUUCUGCCCUGCGACGAGCGUCCGUCUCAGGACUGGCUGCCGCCCCGCCGGAGCCAAACUGCGCAAAGUGCCAAGGAGUGAUGAUGCAGGGGCUGCUCUGGCAGCAGCCAUGUUAGGGGCUGGAGGGACCGCGGGGGCCAAAUCUGAAGCCAGAGGCAACGGCCUUCUGCCUGGAGGAGGAGGGCUUAUGGAGGAGAUGAGCGCCCUAUUGGCUAGAAGGCGGAGAAUUGCAGAGAAGGGCUCGUCCCCUGAACCUGAUCAGAGAUCAGAGGAGGGGGGCGAGAUCAACACAACCCCUAAAGUGUCAGCCUGUAGCACACCAGACAUGCCCAGGAAGCCAUGGGAAAGAACAAACACCAUGAAUGGUAGCAAAUCUCCAGUUAUCGGAAGACCUAAAUCCACCCCUACACCUACUGCAUCCUUAAGUGCCAACGGCGUGCCAACAGAAGCUGUUGACUAUGACAGAUUAAAACAGGACAUUCUGGAUGAGAUGAGGAAGGAGCUGUCAAAGCUAAAAGAAGAGCUCAUUGAUGCAAUCAGGGAGGAGCUUGGGAAGUCCAGCACGGCGUAGAGGAACCAAACUCCCUCUUCAAAACAUCGACAUCCACGAGACCCGACGGACAAACCAGACAGAAUGGAUAAUAAAAUCAACAAAUGGUGACGAUGACAAUGAUCAUAUUAAUACUGAGAGAGGACAUUAUUGGACAAAACAACAAUGGACAGGGUGGUGGGAGGCUUGUAACUCUGAGAGCCUGCUGCCCCCUCCCACUGAGGGCAUCGCAUCCUGGAGGACAGUGUCUGAAACAGAAGCAAAUGUCUUUAUGCAAAGUAGAUUUCUCUCUCCUUGUCCUAUAAUAAUAAUAACAACAAGAAAGAAAAAGAAACACAAAACAAUCUUGAACUCUUCUAUGAUUCUGUAUUAACCAUUGGCGCAUAAGUGAACAACAGCGGUGAUGCUAAGAAUCAAAACUCUUGGGAUUUUAAAUGAAUGAAAGGGCAUGUUUAAUUAAGAGAGUUUGGAGGCAGGAAGAAUGGGGGAUGGAAAAUAUCAACUUAUUUCCCCAUAAUGCCAUAGAGGUAGGGUGCGUGUGUGUGAGUGUGUUUGUGUGUAUGGGGACUGACAGUCUCUGGUGAAGUCCACCACUGCAGGACACUGUAAAGCUUGUCUUCCUCAAAUACUAUUUUACCCUGAAUAUGUACAAAAGAGAGAAAACGUUAUUUAGUAAAAAAACAUCUAUCCUCCAUGUCUGCCGCCGUGUAGAUCUGCGGCCAUAUCAAGUAGCUCAAUAAUCCAAUCUUUAAACAGGAUGCUCUCUUGUCUGUGGAAUCAUAAUCACAAGUGCUGUUGUCUCCCGUCAUGUCUUUGUCCAUGCUGUUGAGUGGCAGGUGGACGGACACGGAGGACAGCUGCCAAUCACACUGCAGCCGUCCUAGCUCUCUACCAAACCUUCUCUGGCAACUCAAAGUUCUGAUUGGUGUAUACCUGUCAUGCAAGUUGACCAUGGUGACGUGACGUGUAGCUAGAACUGACUUUUCUUCCUCUACGUUUUGGUUUGAAAACUCUCUGUCAUGUUUGUCAUAUUUAGGUAGCCUACUCUGCAUGGUUGUUUUCUCUAAACUCUAAGGGUCACAAGUCUGCCACGAAAUGACAUUAGCUGUCAAGUUUUAUAACAAGCAAUAAGUGUAGCAUCUAUUUGAAGGCCCACCUGUCCCAGUCCUAACACCACCAAACAUGUCUCCAUGUCUGUCUGUCCCCAUUGGACGAUGUUACUGUGGGACACCUCGCCACUUCUCGUCAACUUUAUCGCAGAUAUUCUGUGACCCUGAAGGCUGACAGGACACAAUAUCAGAGCAACGCUGUAAGAUAUGAUUUCAUGGAAUAUCACCAUUUUUUAAGUCACAAUACUCUCCUUUUUGUUUUGGUUCAUUUUCUAUAAAGUAUUUGAAGGAUACUGUGUCUUUUUAUCCUUUAUUGUUAAAUAUGAUUAUUUUACUGCAUUUAUAAACUCAACCUUUUGGAAGGUGCACAGGACAACCCAAAUGUGUGAGAGAUGGUGACCAUAUGAGGACAUGAAUGUGCCAUUUACUAUUUCUAGUGCUUAGACCUACUGUUUCAGCUUUUUUUCUCCUGCCAAUGUCAAAUUAUCAACACGAGAAACUGUUCUUCUGAAAACGCUUCAGUGCUGAUUUGUUUCACUAAAAGUACAAUCACCCUGAGAGGAAUAUGUUGGAGCUGUAGCUAAUGUCUAUGUCCCACUCUGUUCUCUCUGUCCUGGUGAGAAUCUGAGGAGGAUAUGUAUCUCGCCGUGGGGUUUUCAGGACAACAAUCUUUUGACUUUCCAAAAGAAUCCAAGCUGGUAUCUUGACUGUUCCAUGUAUCAUAAUUGAGAACUCACAAGCCAAUACAGUGUGCAUGCCAUCACCACAGUUGGGAGACCUGCAAUAGGCCUAUUUUGAAAAGGAAUGGUAACAAUCAAAUGGUGGAAACAUCCUCACUUUUAGUCCUACAAUUACUAUAAUUCAACUCCAUAGCAUCUUUUCAUUUGACACUCCCUGCCUGAUAAAUGUAUACAUCUUUCAAAUGCCACACUCCCACUUUGUAAUGCUAAAUGUGUAGUCUCCAAGCUUAGGUUGAGAUAACCCUGGUGACAUCACUAUGAUGUCAUGACGGUUAUUUUCUCAGACUCAUCAAAGCCUCUCAAGAAGCACAGAAGACAUUAUAUGAUUGGAGAGCUGCUUUUGAUUUGUUUAUCAGUUGCUGUGUUCUAUGUAUAUGACAAUGUUCAAGGGCUUGGAUGUUUAAAGAUGAGAAGUCACAGAUUUGAGAAAGUUGCUCUCAUUUGCUUUGGAUUAGGUCAAAUUUGUUAAAUACUGUCAUGAGAAAAAUGAAUGUGUUAAUUACGGUCAGGUCUGUGUCAUGCUCUCUCUCUCUCGAUAAAGUUGUUUCCUCCUCUGAUCCACUUUUCUAAAUGGAGACCCUGACCCAGCCAUGAGGCUCCCUGUCCUGAGUUUUUACAUCCACAGCACUUUAAGAGCAAACUCACCGAGCAAUCCAACAUGCUCUGACAGCAUAGCCUCUGUCGCCAACGGUGCGGCUUCCUCACCAAAGGAUUCAACUAAACAUAAUCACUCUCAACAAAGUCGCCUUUCUGAUUUUUGUAUCAUUUUGACGAAAAUAAGAUGUCUGUCUCUAUAUUCAGUCCUUUGGACGUGAUGGCAGGUGAAAUGUUUUGAAGACAAACUCUUUGUGAAGCUGUGUGGUUUGUGCCUUGUUCCGAAGUUGCAUUUUUUAUGUCAAAGACAUAAAGAUGACUAGUAAUAAUAUCUAUGGACUGUCAUUAUGAUCUCAUGCAGUUUUUAUUAAGUUUGGCUUUGUUUUUUAUUUGAAGGGAGAAGUUAUUGACCGUGGUGUUUUCCACAAAGAUAACGUCUUUGCACCAAGUUCUUGUUUGUUUUUUCCACACGUGAUUUACCGUAUUUCCAUACAGCUGUGAGUUUGAUUUUCUAACAGCUCAGGAGUACAAUCGAGCAUUGAGAAAUGAGGCCUGGAAGGGUUAAAAGAUGAGCGUUGUUCUGACAUGAUUUUUCUAAACCAGAAGUCUAGAUGAGUCUGACUGUGUGUGUUCUGCAUCUCAGCUUUCUUUACACGCUUAGAAAUCUGUAUUGACGUCUGCUUCACGCUGAUGUCAGAUUGCUGAUGGAAACAUUUAUCUUUGUCCUUAAACCCAGUUUCUGCCGAGGGAACUGAUGCAUUUGGCUGAAGCGAGUUUCCAGAUUUAUUAUUUUCUCAUCUUCAUUGUACCAUAUUGUUAUCAUGUUAGUUAGUCUUUUCUUACAUGCUAACAUAUUGAUUUGUUUGAGCAAAUUAAAUAAAAAUUGCAGUACAAGA